GAUGCUUUUUUGACACCGAAAGGAGCUGGUUCUCGGAAGCGGAGUCAUGAUGGUGCCUCAAAGCAUGUUUCGAAGCGUUGCAUCAUCGAAAGUUACACACAAGAAGUUGUGAUAAACGGGGAGUGUGUAUAUCGUUGUGUGCUGGAAGAUGGGUGCGAUUAUUUGCAGAAGGUGUUCCGGCCAUCCAACUUUGAGCGACACUUCAGGUUGUGUCACCCGAUGGCUUAUGAUCUCCUAAACAUUGGACCGCUUGCUGGGAAAAGUACCAGUCCUAACACUGAACCAGCUAUAACAAUAAGAAUGACGGUGCAGCGGCUACUUGGAGGAAUUGUUAAGAUGGUGACUAUACAUGGACUGCCAUUUGAAGCUACCGAAUGGGAAGGAUUCCAGGAAGUGGUUGGUCCAUUACUGAAGGCUUACAACUUGACCAUUAAUCGUCACAACAUCACAAAAUAUGUGUCGAAAGCAGCUGAAGGCAUCAAUUUUAUGAUCAGCCAAGAGCUAAAGGGAAAAAUGUUUUCGCUCAAACUGGACAUCGUUUCCAAAAUGUACCGAAGCAUGCUUGGAAUCAACUGUCAGUACAUCAACAACAGCGGUGUUGUUGUUAAACGAAAUUUAGGUAUUAUCGAGCUUCACAAUCGACACACGAGUCAAAACCUCAAAGAAGAGUUGAUGAAAGUACUGCGAUGUUUUUCUGUGGACGUGAGACAAAUAAUUACAAUCACGAUAGACAACGCUUCAAACAUGGUGAAACUUGUUAAGCUGCUGUCAGAUGAAAGUGAAAAUGCGUAUGAAUUUUGUGACACGGAAACCGAUGACGUAAACACACUGGAAAUUGAAGAUGAUGAUUUCAAUGCACUGGAUAGCGAUGUACCGGAAAAACCGGCGGUUCUAGAAUGGGUGCGCGCACUGGAGGAUUUUGCUCCAGAUGAAUUUGUAGCCGCUGUGCGCUGUGGAGCACAUACAACGCAGUUAGUGGUCCACGAUGUUUGCAAGGAGGAGGACCAUAAGGAAACACUCAAAGAUAUAAGAAAGAAGGUGAAAAAGUUCAGAUCGACAGAGUACAAAGCUUUCUUUGACGUCAGUGAAGGAGCUUCGUACCCAUCGCUUCCGAAUGAAACCCGUUGGAAUUCUGAUUAUAAAAUGCAGUUGAAAUUGAACAAGGAAAGGUCAUUCUUUGAGAAACUGGGGGCUCAGUAUCCUGACCUAGAUCUUUCAAACUGCUGGGACUACAUUGAAAAUUAUGUAGCAGCCUUCGAACCGUUGUAUAUAUGUACAAUAGCUGUUCAAAAACUUGAAACAACCCUGUCUGACUUUUUUAUCGAGUGGAUUCGAGCUUAUGGCAGCAUCUUCGAGUUAGACGAUUCGAACCGAUUCAAAAAGCAGCUCAUCACAGCCAUGGAUCAUCGCCAGCGAAAAUUAUUUUGCAAUCGGUUCUUCCGUGUUGCAAUCUAUUUCGAUCCACGUCUCAACUUUAAUGGUUCGACUUUACUUUCUCAGGCACAGAAAGAAGAUGUAGUGCAAUUUUGUCUACAAACUUGGACGCGAAUUAAAAGCGAAGCAAAAACAGGAAACAUCGCACAUGACGAUAAGGAUCCCACCACCAAUAAUACAUCGGGAGCAGAGGGUUCUUCAAACAGUAAAUUCAGCCUCAACAAUUACCUCACGCGCACCAUCGGUUUAGGAUCUCCGCAAACGGUACAAUUAACAUCACUGGAGCAGAGGAUCCGAAGUAUUCAGUACCAGCAGCGAAUUGAUGCUGAUCAACCCUUUAGUGUGAUAAAAUAUUGGGCAGCAAAAAGGUUCGACGACUCGCAAAUUUGGGAACUUGCAAAGGUUAUCCUUGGAGUGCCUGGAACGCAGUGUUCAAUUGAAAGAGAUUUCAAUUUGUUCAAUUCAACCUUAACCAAAUCCAGAAAUAAGCUAAGCUCGAAGAGUAUUCAAGAUAUUCUUAUGGUACGCACUAACAAAACUUUAGUCAAACCAGCGCUGGUUUAUAUGCUCGACAAGGAUAAAAAUACCUUAGAAGAAUUCACAACAGUCUCUGAUACAUGAAUAGCGAGUUGAAAUGAUAAAGCGAAAGGCAAGAUUUUUGAAGUACAUGACCAGCCAUUAACUCGGAACAAUUUGUAAAAUCAGAUGUACCGCUUCAAAAAGAGAAAUAGGCUCUCGGUAUAAAAAAUGAAAUAAGUGAAGAAAGAAAAAAGAUUAAUGCAUAAGAACUGCUUACAUGCUGCGUCGUGUAAUACUAUUGUUUGAUUGUUUAUGGUUACAAUACACAUGCUUGAAAUUUUCGUUAUAGUUUUUACUCAUGAAAUGGAAGAUCCAAGAAUUAAAUACAGCGAAGCGUGUGGGUUUGAUUCCCGUGACAUGGAAUGUAAAGCUUUACAGAAGUUUUUUUUACUGGUUUCCA